UCUGUUGAUCACUGCCGCAGUCCAUUUGUGUGUCACACGCUGAAAAGUGCGCGGAAAAUUCUCCGGCAUAAAUUCUCUGGUGCGAAGUUGGAUUUUGUUGCCUCUUGUGCGCGGGUGAAAAAUGUAGAUUAGUGAUUAUCAGUUGGACAAGAUCUUUCUACUCAAUCUCCACCAUCUAUUAAUAAAUAUCCAUUCGGGAAGGUUUAAUUAGUUUCCGCAAACCGCCGACAAAUCCCACCAUUUCCAGCUCUUUCCCCAACCAUAUAUAGUCUCAAUUGGCUUUUCCGUGCGAACAUCAUUAGUCGCUGGCUGGACAGGUGGUCUUUUGGCGUGCGUGAAAAAUGACUUGGACCGUCUUCUUCUCCCUCCUGACCUUCGUUCUGUUGAUGAAUCUGCGGAAGAUAUCGGCAUGCAAUGGAUACAAAACAAACUUGCACUAUCUGGAGAACUGCGACAAGCAAUCUGUUAUCAGUGUGGAUAAUAACUUCAAGGUGCAGCUGACCAGGGAAUGCCAAAUCAUCGCCAAUGGAUGCAUUCAAACUGCUGGCUUCCAGAAGGCCUACUUGAGAGCGACCAUCAGCAAGAAUGGAAUGGUUAUUCAUCGGAUAGAAACGGAUUUGUGUGAUACAAUGAACAAAGCAUCUGCGGAAGCUAAACAUUACCUGAAGCUCUUCGGACUUCCUGACAAAUGUCCGGUGGAAUCUGGACGUUCUUGUCAGGAUUCUUCCACAAAGGCAGAUAUUUCCAAGUAUAAAAGAUAUCUGGCGCUGGCAAGAGGCUUAAUUCAAAUUGACGCCAGAAUUGAUCAUGAAAAUGGAAAGACUUGCAUUAAAGCUGAAGUGGAGAUCACGAAAUAGGCUCAAUAUAAUCCGUGUAAGAAUUAUUGCUCAGUAGAUUUUAGCCAGUAAAGCAGCAAAAUGUUCAUGAAUCAUUCGGUGUAUUUUUUAAUU